AUGUCUUGUCUCGAGUGCAAACAGAAAGUGAAAAGAAUACCAAGCAGUUUGAGCGCACACAUGAAGAAACAUGGUUUGACGAUUCGUCAAUACUGGAUUAAACACAUUGCACCUAAGGGCUCAGCUCUAGCAUCCUACACAGGUCCCUUAAGGACUGCACCACCUUUGAGGGGCGCCAUGGCAGGGCGUGGCUGGGUCCGAGGGGGUAUGCCUCCAAGAGGACGUGGAGGAUUCCAACCACAGUUCAGGGGAGGAGUCAGGCCAAUUUUAAGGCAACCAGGAACUCAGACAAAUAAACCUGUUAAUGGAAACUUUAACCCUAAAGUUAUGCUAAACAGGGUGGAUGAUGAUACAAUAGCUCGAGAAGAAGCUGGACUAGGUGGGGAUGAUGCAAUGGAGGUAGAACUAGACCCUCUCACACUUCUAGAGAUGGGGAUGGGGGAGGACUUUAUUCAGCUGGAGGGUGUGGCAGUUAAGGAGGAGGUAGAUAGUGCUGGUGAGGGUGAUGGGGAUGGAGAUGGAGAGGGAGAGGACAUGGAGUCUGUACAGAUAACUCCUGAUGAAGAUGAUCAAGGUCGAGACCUGAGUACACCUGAUGUCAAGGAAGAUGAUGAGGCUGAAGUAACAGCAGAGGGAGAUGGAGGAGAGGAGAAUCAGGAGGAAAAACCUGAGAAUGAAGAUAUCGAGGUACUCAGUGACGUCAUCGCCCUCAAGGCAGAUCCUAAAACUGCAAUUCCGCUUCCAGAUCUCUCCUCCCCUACCAAGGAGGCUGAGAACAGAUCUGAACCUGAACCUACCAAUCCUGAGGAUAAAACCAGUUCAGAGGACGGAGGAUCAGAGAGAAAUGAUAAGCCUGCUGUAAACAAGCACAGCAUAGGAAAUAUACUAAGUGAUCCCCCAAGCCAGGUGGAGGCGACAAAACCUCCGGUCCCGGAGGAACUAGUUAAUCAGUAUUCUCAGGAACACAGUUCUCCUGUUAAACAACCCACUCCUCCUCCUCAAUCCUUUCCAACCCCACCAGCCAGCACGCCUUCAUAUCCUGAUCCUAACCAGGGAUUCCAACAACCUCCAUUCCAAUCAUAUCCUAACCAACCUCCAUCCUUUCCAUCCAAUCCAUACUCGCCCUAUGCUCCAUACCAAGCCGGUCCGUUUGAUAACAACUAUCCUCCGACAACCAACCAGAACUAUGCCCCACCUCCUAAUGGUUCUGCCUACCAUCCACCUGCUGGGAACCAAUCCAGCUCCUACCCUCCUGUAACUCUAGGAGCCUAUCCCCCUUCAUUUGUGCCAAACCCCUUUUCAGCGCCUAAAACCCGUUGGGACACCCUCUCCUGUCCCUAUUCCAUAGUGCAGUGCCCCUUGUACUGCUGCCAUGUGAGAGGGAUGCAGGAGAUAGAGGAAGGAUCAACGGAUUGGUCUAGACCCUACGGUCCGCCGGCUAGUGGGUUCGGAGAACGUUGUACGUGCUGCAUAAAUACCUGAAAACAUUUAACCUGUCGCAACCAGGAAAUCAUAUUUUCUUCAAAGCUUUGAAACCAAUAAGUAAUCUCCAUUUAAUUGUAUACAUUUAACAUUGAUAUGCAAGUGCUCCGAUUGCGAGCAAAACUGUAAAAAUGACGGGGGGAGGGUGGGGGGGGGGGGUUGACUAAUCCAUGUUCAAUCGCGGGAUCAACGUACGCGUUGUUACGAUACAUUUCCAUGAUCUGAGAUCCUAAGUAACAUUAUACUCACUAUAUGUAAUUGUUUUUGUGAACAUAUGGAAAAAUAGCAUCGUUAACUCUUUUAAUUGAAAUCUGAAUUCUUGUACAUAAAGGAUAUCGUUUCUUAUCCAGCUUUAAUUAAAGAGUUUCUAUAGUCAGUAGCGAGGUGGUAAUAACCUAGAUGAAUGAAAAGAUAAAAGAUGCAAGUUCAGAAUUGGAAACUUCAAUUUUUUAUCUUAAUUUUUCUAUCCAGAUACAAAUGUAGUAAUAUUCUUAAAUUUUGGUGGAUACAUAAAGAUAUCAACUGUACAUGAGUAAUUUUAGUUGGUUGUACUGAAUGUGAUUUACUGUUAUGUACAUAUGAUUUUUAACAUGUGACUUUGUCUCCCAAGGAAAGAGGAGUAGAGAAGUGAAUUAAAGGAUAACUUUGUAAAAAGAUAAUUUCAAAGUCGGAUUUUCUUACCUUUCUAAUACAAGCCGUAAGGUCGUCAAUCUUAGUUAAGAUUUAGUAAAGUCACAUAGAUUGUGCUGUUGAGGUAGGUCCACCUUUUUAGUCUUAGUUUAAUGCAUUAGUUGGUUGGUGUUAACAGUUUAGAAACUAUAAGUACAGGGCUCAACAUCAUCAAAAGAUCAUAUUUCCCUUUUUAGUAUCCUGUAUAAUUUUACUGAAAAUAACUUAGUUCUAAAGAAUCUAUCCAUUCACUAAAACUGAGGUGUGAACAGGGUAAGAUCCCUUCGUUGUAAAUAGGGUUAAUAAAUAAUAUCUUAAUUGUUGUUUCGCCAAAAUUUAACCUAAUCUGUCACAUUUUUAAAUUAUAAAUACAUUUUAUAGAAGUGCA